CAUUGAACGCGCGAGGACGCAGACGCGGUGCGUGCUUUCGGAUGUACACUCGCAUAUAUGGCAGGAUACAAGCUCGAAGGAAGAAAAUAUGCCAAUCUCCGUCAUCUUUCAUGCGAUUUAUACACCGCUCUGCUGAUUUUAGCAGUAUUGUAGAGGUGAGCCGCGAUGUCUGGCUGCAUAACGCUGAUUGACGGACCGGAUCGGUGGCGCGCGUGUUAACGCACAACGGUGUUUUCAGCUCGUGCGUAAACUUUGCAAGAACUUUGCUGCAUCGCUUCCUAUUUUGACGGGCGAGGUGAAACGGCAGCGCAAAGCAUGGCGACACAAAACGACUGCUGUGUCAAGGUCUCUUUAAGGAUCCGGCCGCAGAUGGCAAAGGAAAAGAUUGAGGGAUGUCACAUCUGCACCUCCGUUACUCCCGGGGAGCCCCAGGUGCUCUUGGGUAAAGACAAGGCCUUUACGUAUGACUUUGUGUUUGACUUGGACGCUCAGCAACAUCAGAUCUACAGCGCCUGUGUUCACAAGCUGGUUGAAGGCUGCUUCGAGGGAUACAACGCAACCGUCUUCGCUUACGGACAAACCGGUUCAGGAAAGACCUACACCAUGGGCACUGGCUUUGAUGUAACCAUGUCGGAGGAAGAGCAGGGCAUCAUCCCACGGGCCGUGCAACAUCUCUUCCAGGGCAUCCAGAAACGCAGACUAGAGGCACAGAGCGCCGGCAUGCCCCUGCCAGAAUUCAAAGUCAGCGCCCAGUUCCUGGAGCUCUAUAACGAGGAGAUCCUGGACCUGUUCGACAGCACACGUGACCCUGAGGCUCGAGGCCGGAAGUCCAACAUUAAGAUCCAUGAGGAUGGGAGCGGAGGCAUCUACACCACAGGAGUGACCUCACGACUGGUCAGCUCAGAGGAGGAGAUGCUGCAGUGUCUGAAGCUGGGCGCUCUUUCCCGCACCACCGCCAGCACGCAGAUGAACGCCCAGAGCUCCCGCUCUCAUGCCAUCUUCACCAUCCACCUCUGCCAGAUGAGAGUCUGCCCGCAGCCACAGGUGAACGGAGAGAUGAACGGUGUGUCUGAUGGCUCCAUCUCUCAGCCCGAGUAUGAGACGCUCACUGCUAAGUUUCACUUUGUGGACCUGGCUGGAUCAGAGCGGCUCAAGCGCACAGGAGCCACAGGAGAGAGAGCGAGAGAGGGCAUCUCUAUCAACUGUGGCCUGCUGGCCCUGGGUAAUGUGAUCAGUGCAUUGGGAGAUCAGAGUAAGAAGGCAGGCCAUGUGCCUUACAGAGACUCCAAACUCACACGCCUGCUGCAGGACUCGCUGGGAGGAAACAGUCGGACCGUGAUGAUUGCCUGCGUGAGCCCCUCUGACCGUGACUUCAUGGAGACCCUGAACACACUGAAGUACGCCAAUCGGGCUCGCAACAUCAAGAACAAAGUGAUCGUGAACCAGGAUAAAACCAGCCAGCAGAUCAGCGCAUUACGAGCAGAGAUCGCACGCCUACAGAUGGAGAUCAUGGAGUACAAAGCGGGAAAACGAGUGGCCUGCGAAGAUGGAUCCGACGGUUUUAGUGAUCUGUUUCAAGAGAACUCCAUGCUCCAAAAAGAGAAUGACACACUACGUAUGCGGGUCAAAGCCAUGCAGGAAACCAUCGACCACCUGAACACUCGAGUCACCCAGCUGCUCACCAAUGGAGUCAACCUGCUGCUCACUAAGACUGGUGAAACGAACGAGGAGAUUGGCAAUCUAAUCCAGAACUACAUUCGAGAAAUCGAAGAGCUGAGGUCUAAGCUGCUGGAGAGUGAGGCCAUGAACGAGUCUCUGAGGCGCAGUUUGUCUCGCCUCUCCGCCCGCUCUCCACACCCGUCUACUCCAGCACUCGCUCUCGGCUCCUCCCCCUCUGUUUCCAUGGAUGCAGAGAUGUCCGAUGUGAUUUGUCAAGCCAAAUUAGACGUGGAGAGGCUGAAGAAGAAAGAGAGAAAUCAGAGGAGGAAGAGUCCGGAGAAAGAAAAAGGUUUGAAGAAGAGGGCCAAGCUUUAUCCUCAGGAAAAUGGAGAAAAGAGCGAGAAUGGGCUGAGCAGGGAAAACCAAGAGCGAAGAGAUGAGAGCGGCUGUGAUGAGGAGGAGGAGGAGGAGGAGGAGGAAGAGGAGACCAGGGAGGAGGAAGAGUUCGACAGCGACGAGAGCCUGGUGGAUUCCGACUCUGACUCAGACGAGAAAGUCAGCUUACAGGCCGAUCUUGCGGACCUGACGUGUGAGAUCGAGAUCAAGCAGAGACUCAUCGAUGAGCUGGAGAACAGCCAGCGGCGGCUCCUGACGCUGAGGAGCCAGUAUGAGGAGAAACUGAUUCUGCUCCAGAACAAGAUCAGAGACACACAGCUGGAGAGAGACCGCGUGCUGCACAACCUCAUGUCCAUGGAGAACUACACUGAGGAGAAAGCCAGUAAGAUCAAAUCAGAGUAUGAGAAGCGUCUGAAGGAGAUGAACCGAGACCUGCUGAAGCUGCAGGCCGCUCAGAAGGAGCACGCACGUCUGCUGAAGAACCAGGACCGCUACGAGAGAGAGCUCAAGAAACUGCAGUCUGAGGUGGCCGAUAUGAAGAAAGCCAAGGUGGCGCUGAUGAAGCAGAUGAAGGAGGAGCAGCAGCGGAGGAGGAUGAUCGAUGCGAAGAGGAACAGAGAAAUCGCACAACUGAAGAAAGAGCAGCGACGACAAGAGUAUCAGAUCCGAGCUUUGGAGUCCCAGAAGCAUCAGCAGGAGAUCGUGUUGCGGAGGAAGACGCAGGAAGUGACGGCGCUGAGGCGGCUGGCCAAGCCCAUGUCGGAGCGUGUGGCGGGACGCGUGGCCCGCAGACUCACCAGUGUGGACUCCGGAGCAGAGCUGUCCACCAGCAACACAACAACAACCUCCAAACACGAAUCCACUCGCUCGGUGUCCAGCAUCAUACGCCAGUGGAAUACCAAACUGAACGGAUUCCUGGGAGAGAAUGAGAGCCGUGGGACUGGAGGAAACCUGGCCAGCAGAAAAAAGUUCCAGCGAAAGAGUACGAGCACACGUUUUUCAAAGACAGCCCGUCAGAAGUGGCAGUCUCUGGAGAGGAGGAUCAUGGAUAUUGUGAUGCAGAGAAUGACCAUCACUAAUGUGGAAGCUGAUAUGGAUCGCCUCAUUAAGAAACGUGAGGAGCUGUCCAUGCAGCAGGAGGCGCUGUUGCGCAAGAGAGAAAAGUUACUGAACGAGGGCUUCGGAGAGGAUGAGGAGGAGAGGCUCCUUCAGGAGAUGAACGAGGAGAUUGAGGUUCUCAAUGCCAACAUCGACUACAUCAGCGACAGUCUGUCAGACUGCCAGGCCACCAUCGUACAGAUCGAGGAGACCAAGGAUGAGCUGGACUCAGUGGACACCUCAGUGGUCAUCAGUUCCUGCUCGCUGGCCGAAGCUCGCGCUCUCCUGGACUACUUCCUCAAAGCCUCUAUUGACAAGGGGUUACAAGUUGCUCAAAAAGAGGCUCAAAUUCGCCUGCUGGAGGGUCAGCUGCGGCAGACGGAUGUGAUUGGCUCUUCCCAAAAUCACAUGAUCCUCGAUGCUCUAAGGGAAAAGGCAGAGUGUAUCCCUGAGCUGCAAGCUCUAAUCCACAAUGUCCAGCAAGAGAAUGGCUAUGCCAGCACAGAUGAGGAUGCGUAUGAGUUCAGUCAGGCAUCAGAGGGCGGUUUUUUCCAGAUGAAGUUGUCUGCGAGUCAAGAUGACUUUAAGAUGAAGGUUGAGCCUCGGUUAUCUGCACAAAUGAAGGCGGUGUCAGCUGAGUAUUUGGGCCCGAUCCUGGACCUCACCUCCAAGAACAUCACUAAGUCCCUGGCUUCUCUGUCGGAGAUCCAUGAGAACGGCCUGGUCCUCAAAGAGGCCUAUUCCAGAGAUCUGGUGUCUCGAACCAUCAGCCUGCCUGUCAGAGGACACACUUUCCCAAGGCAGUCCAGAGGAUCUGACACAUCUCCCUUAACAAGGAGGCAGUCAUACGACCGAGGCCAGCCAUAUAGAAGUCCAGAGGUAGGCUACACCCCUCCUUCUUCCCCUCCACUUCGAACACGCAACGACCGCAACGUCUUUUCCCGGCUGACAAGCAACCAGAGUCAGGGCUCAGCUCUCGACAAGUCGGAUGACAGCGACUCCUCUCUCUCGGAGGUGCUCAGGGGUGUAAUCACUCCCACAGGUGGGCUGAAGGGGGGCAGGACGGCCCCUCUGCAGUGUGUGGCGAUGGCUGAGGGACACACUAAACCUGUGCUUUGCCUGGAUGCCACGGACGAGCUGCUAUUCACCGGCUCUAAAGAUCGAACCUGCAAGAUGUGGAACCUGGUGACUGGACAGGAAAUCGUGACCCUGAGAGGACAUCCUAACAACGUUGUGUCUGUCAAAUACUGCAGCUACUCUGGCCUGGUCUUCACAGUUUCCACCUCAUAUAUCAAAGUAUGGGACAUUCGCGAUUCUGCCAAGUGCGUCCGGACGUUCACGUCAUCGGGUCAGGUGGUCUCAGGCGAUGCCUGUGCUGGUACAACCACUCGCACCAUCACUACAGCCCAAGGCGAGUACCAGAUCAACCAGAUCGCCCUCAAUCCCUCCGGAUCUGUGUUGUAUGCCGCUGCAGGCAACACUGUCCGCACAUGGGACCUCAACAGAAUGCAGGCCACUGGGAAGCUGACCGGACACAUUGGGUCAGUCAUGUGUCUUACAGUGGGUUAUUCUGGAGGAGGCAAGGAUCAGGUGAUCACUGGAUCCAAAGACCAUUACGUGAAAAUAUUUGAUGUUGUGGAGGGAACCCAGGGUAACAUCGGACCAGCUCAUAACUUCGAGCCCCCUCAUUACGAUGGGAUUGAGUGCCUUGCUGUACAUGGCGACGUACUGUUCAGUGGUUCCCGUGACAAUGGCAUUAAGAAAUGGGAUCUGGGACAGCAGGAACUUAUUCAGCAAAUCCCAAACGCGCACAAGGAUUGGGUGUGUGCUCUGGCGUUCGUUCCCGGGCGGCCCAUGCUCCUCAGUGCCUGCAGGGGGGGAAUGCUCAAGGUGUGGAACGUGGACAACUUCACGCCCAUCGGAGAGAUUAAGGGCCAUGACAGCCCUAUCAAUGCUAUCUGCGCCAAUUCCAAACAGAUCUUUACUGCCUCCAGUGACUGUCGGGUGAAGUUGUGGAGUUAUGUCCCUGGGCUCACGCCCUGUCUGCCCCGUCGGGUCCUGGCCAUCAAGGGCCGGGCCACCAGCCUCCCCUGAGCCUCCACUAACCACCUCCUGCCUGGUUCCCUCUGUGACAUGAGAGUAAAGAUCUGGAAUCCGAAGAUGGGGAAGAAAAGGUGACGAUCCUCCAUUUGGAACGAUU